UCUACCCAUACAACUAUGUCCAUCAACAAGAACAGCUCCCUCAAGGUCCGAAAGGGGAAGAAGAGAUCGUAUUUCUGCUUCGCCUGCUUCUUGGGUUCUCCGGAGCAGUCGAAGCCAGAGCGGCCGGUCUCCAAGCGCAAGCUCUCAUGGCGGUUCUCCUGGUUCCAAAGGAAGCAUAAGAAGAGGAAGGCGGUUCCCUCCAAUGCGACGCCAUCAGCUCAAGGGAGGUCAUUACCUGAUAAGGGCUGUAACAAUGGUAACGAAAUCGAUUUAGAGAAUCAGCAACAAGAAGCAGUCCCAGAGGACCAGGUCCGGCCAGGCAACAGUGUCACGCAGAUCUCAACUGAGAUCGAUGCUCGCCGAGAUCCACUUCCACCAAAUCCGCACCAGACUCCAGUUCAAAGUGAGGCGAGGAGUAGCGGACCAAGAUCAUCCCUGUCCGUCCCUUCCUCCUCUUCCCGUAAUCAGGUCCGGUCCGACAGGCUCAUGCCUUCUGUUGGAACAUGGGUGGUGGCGGCGACACUGGCAGUGACGGUAUUCUCCGGUCGUGCAACUGCUAUCAUUUGCUUGUGCUCUUGCUUAUACUUUCUGCCGCGCUAUGGUGGCCAGCCCUGGUGGAAGACUUGGUACUGCUAGGGAAGAAUGGGCGGUACCAUGCGUUGAUCCACCAGAGCAAGGCAUGAUAGAUUUUGUAUUCUUUCUGAGAGAGAGAGAGAGAGAGAGCAAGGCAUGGAAGCAUACCAUUUUUAUACAGUACAGUAAAAGUGCUUAAAGCUGAAACGGUCCAACAGGGAAUAAGAGUUGCAACUCAGAUGAGGAGCUAAUUUUAUAUGAAUGCAAAUUAAAAGAUUCGUACAA